AGAGUUGACAGGAAAUCGCGGUUACUUCAAGUUGUUGUUUAUGUGUCUCCGUGAAGAACGACCCAUUCAAAUCCCACAUGUCAUCUUCAGACCACUACUGACUGCUGUGUUUAUAAAAAAAAAAAAAAAGCGCGACAGGUUCUCUUAAUAACGUUACGCCUGAAGGCCGCCGCUCUGGGACUCGUUUCGCCGCCGUUGGCUCCUUUCUCGUUACUGUUGACUUUCCGCUCCAACCGUUAACGCGCCUUCGUACCACAAAUCUGCUCGCGACAUUGUUCAAAACCGCUCCAGGAUGCCGAUGGUGCUACGGUCCAGACGGUCGAAUCGGGUCGAGUUAGAGCCGACGCCGAGGCGGAGGUCGACACGCCCGUAUCUGAAUCGGCGUUAUGAGGAGGCUGAUGAGUCAGAGCCUGAGGCCACCCCGAGCCAAGUGAUGGAGAGACAAGCGGCCGAGCUGGAGGAGGAAGCUGCCGAGGAUACGGACCAUCGGAUCUCAGCAGGUCAGACUCUCACCUGCUGGAUGACUUCAGCGGGGAGGGAUUUACCAGCUCUGAACCAGAGGAAGGAACUGAAGGGUUGCCGGGUUGUUUUGGAUCCACUCCACAUAGAUGAAAGGACCCAGAGAAAAGAAAUCGACGAGAAAGAAGAUAUGAACCGAAAAGGUGGGAAACCAGUCUCCCGAAUCCCCACUUACCAGAAGCGACCGGGCAGCGGAGGUCAGGCUGCUGAGCGACCGGGCAGCGGAAGUCCUCAGAGAAUGGCCGGCGAGCGACCGGGGAGCAGAAGUCCUCAGCAAAUGGGCAGCGGAAGUCAGGCCACUGAGCGAAUGCGCGGCAGAAGUCAGGCCGCUGAGCGAAUGGCCGGCGGAAGUCAGGCAGCCGAGCGAAUGGCAGGCGGAAUUCAGGCCGCCGAGCGAAUGGCCGGCGGAAGUCAGGCCGCCGAGAAAAUGGCCGGCGGAAGUCAGGCCGCCAAGCGAAUGGCCGGUGGAAGUCAGGCCGCCGAGCGAAUGGCCGGUGAAAGUCUGGCUGCCGAGCGAAUGGCCGGUGGAAGUCUGGCUGCCGGGCGAAUGGCCGGUGAAAGUCUGGCUGCCGAGCGAAUGGGUGGAAGUCAGGCUGCCGAGCGAAUGGCCGGUGGAAGUCAGGCUGCCGAGCGAAUGGCCGGUGAAAGUCAGGCUGCCGAGCGAAUGCCCGGUGAAAGUCAGGCCGCCGAGCGAAUGGCCGGUGAAAGUCAGGCCGCCGAACGAAUGGCCGGUGGAAGUCAGGCUGCCGAACGAAUGGCCGGUGGAAGUCAGGCUGCCGAGCGAAUGGCCGGUGAAAGUCUGGCUGCCGAGCGAAUGGCCGGUGGAAGUCUGGCUGCUGGGCGAAUGGCCGGUGAAAGUCUGGCUGCCGAGCGAAUGGCCGGUGGAAGUCAGGCUGCCGAGCGAAUGGCCGGUGGAAGUCAGGCUGCCGAGCGAAUGGCCGGUGAAAGUCAGGCUGCCGAGCGAAUGCCCGGUGAAAGUCAGGCCGCCGAGCGAAUGGCCGGUGAAAGUCAGGCCGCCGAACGAAUGGCCGGUGGAAGUCAGGCUGCCGAACGAAUGGCCGGUGGAAGUCAGGCUGCCGAACGAAUGGCCGGUGGAAGUCGGGCUGCCGAGCAAAUGGCCGGUGAAAGUCAGGCCACCGAACGAAUGGCCGGUGGAAGUCAGGCCGCCGAUCCUCCCUCUCCCAGAAAAGACGGCCCCAUUCACGUAGUGAAACCUUUUGUCAGAGCCGGAAGUGCGAGCAUGGAAACAUUAAAGUCCAAACUCCCCGAGGUCGGAGAAUCAGCGUUGCCUCCUCCGUCCGUCCAUGUACCCAGCUUUGUCACGCCCUCAAUGUCCGGCAAGGUGGAACAAGCUGCCACAGCGGAUCACACCUCUUCCAUUGCCGCCCCGAAAACCAAGAGUAUCUCAGAGUUUACUCAGGGUGCCAUGAUCGCCAGCCCCAGACCUCCUCUCAGGCCAGAGCAAGACAUGAACAAACGCUCCAAAACUAAAGUCGGUAUCACACCAGAAGGACUUCUAAGUUCCAUCCUGCAGGAAAGUGUCCUCAGCCUGAAGCCAGACGAAAAACACCCAGGGAUGACCCUCUCCGCCUGUGGAGACACCGAGAAAUCUGAAGAGAAGGCUGAUGUUGCUGUGGUCGAGCAGACGGAGUGUAUUAUGGAAGAAGAACCGCCUUGGGAGCCGGUGAAAGCAACUGAAUCCCGGAGCAGCCGAUCGUCUUCGAACGCCGACCUAGCAACCGAAAGAUCCAAAGGCAACGAGUCAGAGGAUAUCGAGGAGCAUCAGGAACCGCUCGAAAGCCAAACAAAGCUUCCAGAUUGUGAAGUAGAAGAACCCUGUAUGGACGACUCUGCCUCUUAUGUGGAACCAAAAAAAGCAGCUAGUGGGAAGACCACCCAGUCCACGAAGAGGUCAAUGUGCGCCGCUGUUUCUCUCUUUCUUUUGCUGCUGGUGGGAGGGCUCGGCCUGCACGUCUGGCUCUAUGGGCUUCCCACGUCCGUGGCUCAGCUAGCGACGCAGCUGGAGCUGCACCGGCUGGAGGGCAUCGGCCUGGUGCCGGAGCACUGUGGCUCAGACUGCCGAGUACAGCUGGUGGAGAGCAUCCCCGUCGGCCUGUACCCGUCCUCCUUGUCGCCCGGGCCGAGCAUCGCAGACAGCUGGCUCCGUCUGCUGAACGAGGCCAAGAGCUCGGUGAACAUCGCUGCGUUUUACUUUACGCUGCGGGACAGCGACGUCCAAUCAGCCAACCCCUCAGACUUCCAGGGGAGAAAAGUCUUCGAGCAGCUCAAAAAACUUGAAUCCAGAGGCGUGAAACUCCAGAUUGCUGUCAACGCCCCUCAAACCUCAACGCAGGACACAGCAGAACUGAGCGCAGCAGGUGCACAGGUCAGAGAGGUGAAUCUGAGUGCCGUGACCGGAGGCAUAGUUCACACCAAGCUCUGGAUCGUGGACCAGAAGCAUUUCUACCUGGGUAGCGCUAACAUGGACUGGCGCUCUCUCAGUCAGGUGAAGGAGGUGGGCCUGUCAGUGGAGGACUGCAGCUGCCUGGCUCAGGAUGCCUUUCGGCUCUUUGGGGUGUACUGGGCCAUCGGGGGGGCCCAGAGCGGCUCCCUCCCUCCGUUCUGGCCCGCCCGUCUGUCCGCUCUGUCCAGCGCCGACAACCCUCUGGACCUGAAGUUUAACGGAGUCCCUGCUCAGGUCUACCUGUCUAGCGCGCCACCGCCCAUCUCUGCCAGAGGGCGCUCCGAUGAUCUGUCCACCAUCCUGUCUGUCAUCGACGACGCCCAGAGGUUCAUCCACAUAUCGGUCAUGGACUACCUCCCUCUGUCUCAGUACACAGAGCCAGUACAGUUCUGGCCCGCCAUCGACUCCAGGCUGCGCGCCGCAGCGUGCACCAGAGGGGUGCAGGUCAGACUGAUGGUCAGCUGCUGGGAGCACUCGCCGGCCUCCAUGUUCAUCUUCCUGCAGUCCCUGCUGGUGCUCAGCAGGGCUCCGCUCCAAUGCAACGUUGAUGUGAAAAUCUUUACGGUGCCGUCAACAGAGGAGCAGAUGAAGAUCCCCUUCGCACGUGUCAAUCACGCCAAAUACAUGGUGACAGACAGAGUGCUCUAUAUAGGCACGUCCAACUGGUCACAGAACUACUUCACGCACACGGCCGGCGUGGGCCUGGUGGUGAACCAGACCGGCUCGGCCGUAAACCGGGGCCAGCAGACGCUGGCCAGCCAGGCGGAGCAGCUCUUCCUCCGGGACUGGGACUCCCGCUACGCCAGCCAGCUCCGAGUGGACGACCUGGACGUCUGUCCCCGCAGACGGAGCUCUGUCCACUCGUGAAGCACGGUGCCUUUCAACGCGAGAACGCCGGUGGCUCUCGCCACUUGAACUUUCCUCUAAAAUAUACGGAUUUGGUUCGCUUCCGACCAAAGGGCUGGAUUUUAACGCUGCCUCUUGUGUUUUCAUUGCUACUGGCUGCCGGCCAGUUUUCUGUACAUAGUUGCUAUUUCUCCCGUUUCAGAACUCGUUGUUUUUGACGCUCAAUUCGUCUUAUGGGUUGAAGUGCAAGGGAAGCCACUCUGCACCAUUAACAUCUGGAGCUUUUUUGUAAAUAUUCUCAAAAAAAAAGAAAAAAAGAAAGCCAUUAUGCCAAGGUCAAACGAGCUAACGCAGGAAGACGACUUUCCAAAGAGGAGUAUGUACCAAAGCAUUGUUUACGCUGCAUUAACUAUCAACUUUAUGUGUGUACCUAUUGUUGUUUUGUUUUUAAAGAUGCUGUACAUUUUCCAUUUCAAACACUUGACCCACAGAGAGAAGUCCAGACUGAAUGUGCUCGACACGAGAGCCUUAAAUCGGAUGAGUUUUUGCCUUGAGCGAACGGCGGCCGUCUGUUUCAUUGUGUUGUUCAUCGCCGCGCCGUUUCCUCCAUCAGAGGAGCGUUUACUAUUGUAGGGCCGACAUCCACUUCCUGUCAUCAGCAGGCGCGCGGGUCGAGCCGUUGAAAUGUCAAACAAAGGGAACCUCCCGGUCUCGCCUGGAACAUUCAUAGAGCAGUUUGCUGAAUGUUUCCCUCAAAAUAAAUUCUGCCCCAACAACUUAGUCAUCUUUGAACGGUUCACUGUUUUGUUUACCGUUUUUUAAACAUCUUCCAAUCAAAAACAAAUGUUUUAACGUGGGGUUCUAGCCAGUCAUUAAAUGUAUAUUUGUGUGAA